UCUCUUAGAAACCUUCGUGUGCACCGCAUAUCGUCUGAUCAGAGGAAAUCUUGCAAUGGCUCGUACCAAGCAAACCGCCCGCAAAUCUACCGGAGGGAAAGCUCCGCGUAAGCAACUCGCCACCAAAGCCGCCAGGAAGAGCGCUCCUGCCACCGGAGGAGUUAAGAAGCCUCAUCGUUACCGUCCCGGAACUGUGGCCCUCAGGGAAAUUCGUCGUUACCAGAAAAGUACCGAGUUGUUGAUCCGCAAACUUCCAUUCCAGCGACUCGUCCGUGAGAUCGCUCAGGAUUUCAAGACCGACCUCCGAUUCCAAAGCUCUGCCGUCAUGGCUCUUCAGGAAGCUAGCGAGGCAUAUCUUGUUGGACUUUUUGAGGACACUAACUUGUGCGCUAUUCACGCCAAGCGAGUCACCAUCAUGCCUAAGGACAUCCAGCUAGCUCGUCGUAUUCGGGGAGAACGCGCUUAAAUUUGUUGGUCAACCACCAAACGUUUACAAUCGGCCCUUUUCAGGGCCACCAAAUCUUUCAAAGCAUUAUUAUGAAUCGUAACGCCGCUCGAAAUUAAUUUUAAGUACAAUUCAACUUGAGUCUUCGUCGGUUACUCUGCACGCCUAUUCGGUAUAUCCUGCAAAGCUGUUGCCCUAAUAGAAGACGAUGCAUAAAAAAAAAACCCCAUAUAGUCGUAUUCGAACAUUUGAUAAUAUCUCAAUUUUUCUUUUACGGAAUUGUGACGCUUCUUUCUGCAGUUCGACAAACGAAAGAAAUAUCGCAGGGAAACCUUGCCUAUGAAAGGGUAGGAUAAUAGUAGAUAUUUCAUUCCAAAACCUAUCUCUGCAUCUGCAUUCUCAUGCGGGAGUAAUGUAUAUUAAUUCUUCACUAUUGAAUCAUGGGCAUCGAUUCUUUACGACAGAUU